AUGUACGCGACGAGGUACACUCGUCGCGUCGAACUGCUACAGGAGGGUCUGGCAGAGAACAACCUGCGGGAGGCCAUUGCCUACUCGGAGCGCCAGGCCCGACAACAGCUGCUCCUGGACUGGGAGCAGCACUUGGACGAGCCUCGUGCGGCGGUCCAAGAAGUUGUCGCGGUAAUCCGACCCCAUUUGGAGGUGUGGUUACAGAACUGGGUCGGACACCUCACCUACAGGGUGACACAGGUGCUCACCGGGCAUGGUUGCUUCGGUGAGUACCUGUGUCGCAUAAGCAAAGAGCCAACGGCACAGUGCCAUGAGUGUGGGGCAGCCAGCUACUCGGUGGAGCACACCGUGGAGGAAUGUCCACGAUGGGCAAACGACCGCCGAAAGCUGGUUGCCAACGUCGGAGGCGACCUCUCCCUGGAGGUCCUUUUUAAGGCCCUUGCCUCCGGGGAAGAGGAAAAAGGUCUGUCGGUCAUCUGCUACGCAGAUGACACUUUAGUAGUGGCCUCUAGAGAGAACUGGGACAGGACCAGGUUGUUGGCAGAGAUUGGCACAAAUUGUGUCGCUAGCCGCAUCGAGGGACUGGGUCUCAAAGUAGCCGUCCACAAGACGGAGGCCAUGUGA